AUGGCGCCAAAGAUAUUCAUCACUGGAGUAACAGGAUACAUUGGCGGCGACGCGCUCUACGCGCUGGAAAAAGCCCAUCCGGAGUAUGAAUACAGCGCGCUGGUGCGGGACUCAGAGAAAGGCGCCCCGGUAGCAGCUGCGUAUCCGAAGAUACGGCUUGUGUAUGGGACAUUGGAUGACUCGAGUGUGCUGGAGGAGGAGAGUGCUAGGGCUGAUAUCGUUCUUCAUACCGCGGAUUCCUCAGACCAUGUCGGGGCAGCUACAGCAAUCGCCAAAGGUCUAGCAGCUGGCCAUACGAAGGAGAAGCCCGGGUUCUGGAUCCAUACGUCUGGUACAGGAAUCCUCACUUGGAAAGACACGGAGACAGGAACGUUCGGGGAAUCGCCUUCGCAGCCGCCGUACGAUGAUCUCGAGAACGUCUCUGCACUGACUUCCCUCCCGGACCACGCAUUCCACCGAGAUAUCGACAAGAUCGUACUCGCCGCAUCCUCAGAUGCUACGAAAACGGCAAUCGUGUCCCCGCCCACUAUAUACGGCCCAGGCCGAGGACCAGUGAACCAGAGAAGUCGACAGGUUUACAACCUUGUGAAAAUCGCGCUCCAGAGAGGCCAGGCUCCACAGCUGGGGACAGGUCUAUCGCAGUGGGAUAACGUACACCUCCACGACCUCUCCGCGCUAUUCGUCCUGCUCGUCGAAGCUGCUGUUAAGAAUGACCCGAGCAUGGACGCGAAGCUCUGGGGCAGGGAGGGGUAUUUCCUCGCGGAGAACGGGCAUCAUGUGUGGGGCGAGAUUUCUAAGGCUGUGGCUGAGGAUGCGUUUAAGAAGGGGUAUAUUAAAGAGCGGGAGUGUAUAGUUAUGACGCCGGAGGAUGCGAAGGUUACUGCGGGUUUCGAGGCGCUGUCUUGGGGAUUGAAUUCUAGGGGCUUUGCGAGGAGGGCGAGGAAGUAUUUGGGGUGGAAGCCUGAGGGGAGGAGUUUGAGGGAUGAGAUUCCGUUUAUUGUUGAUAGUGAGGCGAGGACCUUGGGGUUGAAUCCUGGGUUUGCGGAGAAGGCUGCUGGGGGGAAGUAG